AUGGCUGUCCUGGCCCGAGCCAAGAAUGUCACAGGGCCGCAACCUAGAGUCUGUUCCGUCGUGAGCUGCGGAGCCGGCGGCGCGUGCAAAGCAGGCGGCGCCCCGUUCAGCUUCAGCUACAGCUGCGAGUGCCGGCCGGGCUACGCCAACCUGCUCAACCUCACCACGCUCCCUUGCGUCAACUGUUUCCUCGGCGACGAGUGCUACGCCCUGGGACUCGGCCCCCCGGCGCCGGCUCCAGCUCCAUCCGGUGAUCACGGCCCGUCGCCACCGGGGCCAUCUGCUCCUCCCUCCGGCACAAAAGCCAAUGCAACUGACGAUUCACUAGGCUCCGUUUCGUCCCCAAGUCUUCUGCAGCUGCUAUUACUGAUGCUGGUCUCCGUGGCUAUGGUCCAGGUCGUGUGA